AUGGAUAGGGUGCAUUCUUCCGUGCGCGAAAGGCUGUACAGCUUGCCACAUCAGUUUGGACACAAGGGUGCUCUGACUCGAGACGGCGAAGACAAGGACACUCGGAGGAAGAGUGUCAAGAUGAAGCAUCUUCCAUCACCCUCUUCCAUGGGGAGCACUAAAUGUGUCAGCCAGGCCAAGAGCGGAGACGCGGAGACCGAUGUGGGGAGACCCUUCAGAACCAACGUGAACGGCGACUGCCGGAGGUUUCGGGGCAGUCUGUCUUCCAUCACCAGUCGGCAUGCCCCAGACGCGGAUCUGGCGGAGCAGAGGCGCCUCAUCACCAAAGGGGACGCGAGCCCCGAGGACGACGGUCCGUUGGAGCAACCUGGAUCCGGAGAGAGCCAGGGCGCGCAGGGUGGUCGUAGCGAAGAGGGACAACAGGCGUCCUCUGAAGAACAGUCGAGUUUCAUAAAGUUGGAGGGUAUCGAUCAGAUCGUGCCGGACGAUGAGAGGUUGUAUCAGGCUGGGUUCAUGCACAGGCAAUUUGGCGCGAUGCUUCAGCCAGGGGUCAACAAGUUCUCGCUCCGAAUGUUCGGGAGCGAAAAGGCUGUGGAGCGCGAACAACAACGGGUCAAAUCCGCAGGCUUUUGGAUCAUUCACCCAUACAGUGACUUCAGGUUCUACUGGGAUUUAAUCAUGCUCCUCUUGAUGGUUGGCAACUUGAUCAUCAUCCCUGUAGGCAUCACCUUCUUUAAAGAUGAACACACCCCCGCCUGGAUAGUCUUUAACGUGGUCUCUGACACAUUCUUUCUGGUGGACCUGGUACUGAACUUCCGCACCGGAAUCGUCAAAGAGGACAGCACAGAGAUCAUCCUGGAUCCUCAGCAAAUCAAAGUGAGAUAUCUGCGGAGCUGGUUUGCCGUGGAUUUCAUCUCCUCCAUCCCUGUGGAUUACAUCUUCCUCAUUGUGGAGACACGUAUCGACUCUGACUUCUAUAAGACAGCGCGAGCGCUGCGGAUUGUACGCUUCACUAAAAUACUCAGUCUUCUCAGGCUGCUAAGAUUAUCCAGGCUCAUUAGAUAUAUCCACCAAUGGGAGGAGAUUUUUCACAUGACCUAUGACCUGGCUAGUGCCAUGGUGCGCAUUGUGAAUCUGAUUGGAAUGAUGCUGUUGCUGUGCCACUGGGAUGGUUGCUUGCAGUUCCUGGUGCCCAUGCUGCAGGACUUUCCUUCCGACUGCUGGGUGUCCAAAAACAAAAUGGUGAAUGACACCUGGGGUCAGCAGUACUCCUACGCCCUGUUUAAGGCCAUGAGCCACAUGCUGUGUAUCGGCUACGGCAUGUACCCUCCCGUGGGCAUGACGGAUGUAUGGCUGACCAUUCUCAGCAUGAUUGUGGGUGCAACCUGCUAUGCCAUGUUUGUGGGCCAUGCUACCGCCCUCAUUCAAUCACUGGACUCCUCAAGAAGACAGUACCAGGAGAAGUAUAAACAGGUGGAGCAGUACAUGUCUUUCCACAAGCUUCCAGCAGAUAUGCGGCAGAGGAUCCAUGAUUACUAUGAGCAUCGUUAUCAGGGCAAGAUGUUUGAUGAGGAGAGCAUUCUGGGAGAACUGAAUGAGCCACUCAGAGAGGAAAUCAUCAGUUUUAACUGUCGGAAGCUUGUGGCCACCAUGCCUUUGUUCGCCAAUGCUGAUCCCAACUUUGUGACCUCCAUGCUCACCAAGUUACGUUUCGAGGUGUUCCAGCCAGGAGACUAUAUUAUCAGAGAGGGGACAGUCGGGAAGAAGAUGUAUUUCAUCCAACAUGGCGUACUAACUGUCCUGACAAAGGGCAGCAAAGAGACAAAGAUCUCAGACGGUUCUUACUUUGGAGAGAUCUGCUUGCUGACUCGAGGCAGAAGAACAGCCAGCGUAAGGGCAGACACAUACUGCCGCCUCUACUCGCUUUCUGUGGACCAUUUCAACGAGGUGUUGGAGGAGUACCCCAUGAUGCGGCGGGCCUUUGAGACCGUAGCUCUUGAUCGCCUUGACCGCAUAGGUAAGAGAAACUCUGUGCUCCAGCACAAAGUCCAGCGGGAUCUUAGUUCCGGGGUGCUGAACUACCAAGAAAACGAGAUCAUCCAGCAGAUUGUGCAACAUGACAGGGACAUGGCCCAUUGUGCCCACCUCAUUCAGACACCUCCCCCAGCUCCUCACCCAGCACCCACUCCAUCCUCCCACACUCCUGUUAUCUGGGCACCCCUCAUCCAGGCUCCCCUACAAGCUGCUGCAGCCACCACUUCAGUCGCCAUUGCCCUGACCCGCCAUCCUCAUUUGCCCCAUACACUCUUCCGGCCCCCAGUCCCACUGCUUGGCACUUUAAAGGACCGGCCAGGGUAUGUAAAAAGGUUCCCGACAGCCCUUUCAGGCACUGCUGCAUUUGGUGGGAAUUUGUCAACCAGCUCACAGUUCAGCUCUUGUAUAGAGACCCCCAUUCUGGACACACUCAGGUCAGAGAGAUCAUCUACCUCCAUCCCCCCACCACCAUCCUCAAGCUCCCUACCAUCCACCAUCACGACAACCAUCACCACCACCACCUCCAGCAUCACAGAGUCUUCCAUCUACCCCCAUAGACCCCUUGCCUCCAAAGAUUUCAGUGUUGCCCAGCUCCAUUCACAACCACAACUUCCUCAGACCUCUUUCCCCAGUAUCGCUGCAUCACUUCCUGGGUUCUACCAAGGAGCAGUUGGAGGAGAGGCUGUCCAGCUUGCAAUUCCCUCUGCCUCCACCCUCACCCCUUUGAUAGUGCACUCAGUGAGUCCCAUACUGACCCAGCUGCAAUCAGCUCAGCCUACUCCUCAACCAUCAAAAUCCAGUUCUGAUUUGAAUAAAGUCAAAGGGACAGCUUCCCAAUCUCCUAUAAUGGAGUCACCUGUACACUCCAAGAGCAUUUUAGAACAAAUCUCAAGUGUCCCAUCCCAACACCCUCAGAGUGAUCUGCAGCCAGAUGUUCUCACCCAGCUUUCCCAAGAACCAUCUGCUCUUGCUUCCCUAGCACAGUAUGGGUCAGGAAAUGUGUCCCCAUGUAGCACUCCCUCAGCUUGGAGUCCCACAUGCCAGAGUCCCACAGUGGAGAAGAUUAGGAUGUCCAUGCAUAGCCACCCUGCCAGCAUCUUUGGAUCCCAAAGCUCGAUCCUAACCCCUCAGACACUCCAUCCACCAUCAUCUCAACCAAGAGAAAGGGGUGGAUCUUUGGUCGAUCUGCCAUCCCAGGAUUUAAGCACCAUUUCCAUGUCCCUCCCCACCCCAGGACUACCUGAAAAGUCCAAGCCAGUUGGACGAGGACCACAACCUCCGGACUUGUUCCAUCACAGAGGAUCAGCUUCAAGUCUGUUACCUCUGCCCUCACCCCCUCCCGUUAUCAAACCAUUUAGCUCAAUACCUGGUCAUGUGGUCUUAUCAAGGCAAACUUCAAAGUUGUCCAUAGCUCAGACUGGAUCCUCAGGUGGGUCACCAGUCCAUGGGUCUAGUGACAGGUCCACGCCUGGGACACCAAGCUUGCAUCCCAAACUCCCAUCAAACUUGUGAGAAUGGGCUGCACCCUCCUACAACGAAUGAACUAUGUUUUUUAAUAGCCAGAAAUAUUUGUCAUUUUUUGCCAGGUAAGGAGGGUGUAUAUUUGUCUACUGUGUAUUUCUAUUAGUCCAAUGACUUCCUUGUAUGUUAUACCAAAAGAAGGAGCGGACUAACAAAACUGACCGAAGAAUGAAGGUGUGACUUAAAUGUGUCUUCCAAGUUCUGUCAGUAAUUUUUGCAAUAUUAAUGUCUGAUGAUAAAAUUUUAGAAGGAAAUGCAACAAGUUACGACUUCCAAAAAACUACAAAAAAGAAACAAAACAAAAAUGGUUCUUCUGAGUAAUAAUUCUAAGGGUUGUAUGUAUGUUUGUGAUUUUGUGUGUGAGCGAAUGCUAGGUAUUGUUAUGUUAUAAUAGUAUGUUCUUUUUAAAGGAGGCAGAUAUGCUGGGUCAGGGAAGCAAAGCUACAUUCAUCACAGUUCAUCAGUUGGGCAUCAGCUGUCACUGUGAAAGAACAUGCUGUACAGGUCUCUCCGGGCAGGUGGCACUGAUACACACACACACACACACACACAAGUGUACACAAACACUUGCACAAACAAACCUAGCCUUCAAUAUUCCAAUCAUCUAGACAUAGUGUGAUCUUUCCACUAGACCUUGACCCCAUACAUACCUCGUUGCUGAAAAAGAGGUACUGCUGAGUAUCUACAGUAUGGCCUUUCCUUUUGUAGCAAUUCUGCCUUAGUGACCGGACACCAGGGAACGACACCCUCACUUCCACAACAGAAAAGAGGAUAUUAAGAAUGUUUUGCAAUCAUUUUGGAUGUACUUUGUAUGUGAACUUGUGCAGUACUUAAGCAAUAAAACUGUGCACGGAGGUUGAACUGUAAAUUGCAGCUUUCUUCCUGUCAAACAAAAGAUACUGGAUGAUUGUGACAAUGGCAACGUCUAAUAUGAUGCAGUUAUAAAACAAGCCCACUGCAGUUACCAAAGCUUAUGAGUUACGAACUGUAAUUACAAAGUCAUAUUUCAAUUUGGUUUGUAUGUUUUCAUUUCCAUUUUGCAUCUGUUCAGACAUUUUGAAAUGCACAUUUUGCAAAAUGCAGUAGGCCUAUACCCCACAAUCUACAUGAUGUUGUACAUGCUUUCAGGUUGUACUGUAUAUGCUUUCUGGUUGUACAAUAUACUGUAUGUUUUGGUUCAUAUGUAUUAUAUUUUAUAUCCAUGACCAUUUGAGCUGUAUUACAGUAUUCAGAGGAGAAAACAUUAUUAAAAUGUAAUUAUUUGAUAAAGACUAACAGCAAAACAGACAACAACUCUUUUUAAACACAAUAGAUAGGCUAGCACCUGCUAUAAUAUGCCAUUUGUGGCUGGUGGUAAAUGGAGGAAUAGUAUUUUUUCUAAGUCUCCUUCAUUUUAAGCACAGCUUACACAUGUUGAUCAUUAAAAUUCCCUUCUUUGUACCAAGUUAAUAUAGUAUGAUUUAUAUAAUUUUAUAAUACAUGUCUAUGUAUACAGUAUAUCUACUAACUGUGCAAGUGUUUAUUUGUUUAGUUAAUUUAUAUAGUCAUAAUUUAAUCUAUAUACUGUUAUCAACCCACAAAUACUGUCAGUAUGCAUCACUUUGUCUUUCAACUCUCAAUCAAUUCUUGCAAUAUGCAUUUGAUUAUCUUAUUAUUAUGUACAUUUUCAGCCCUUGUUAAAGGAAUAUUAUGGGUUCAAUACAAGUUAAGCUCAAUCAACAGCAUUGUGACUUGUUGAUUACCACAAAUUAUUAUUAUUUCGACUCGUCCGUCCUUAUUGUUUUUUCUUUUUAUUUAUUUAUAUAUAUUUUUUCUUCCUGCAUUGACUUUGGCAAAGCUGCAAGACAAAAUGCAAAUGAGCGUGGUAUAUUUAAUGCUGAAUAUUAAUGAUUUAAAUAUCAAAGCUUUUUUUUUAUUAUUUUUUUUUUUAGGAUUACAAAGCAUAUGAUGCAUUACACUGUAAUAUUUCUCUUUGUAACAUUUCUUUUUCAGGUCUGUUUGUGUGCACGAGUAUGUGUGUUUUAAUGUGCAUAUUUUACGCUGUAGCAUUACACUGUAGCAUUUUAAAAAUUCUAUUUACCAUAACCAAAGUAAGGUUUCAUUAAUGGUUGUUAAACAGUAGCAUUUUUAACACAUCAACAUCAUUACCAACAUCCUGAUUUCAUAAAGAGGCAGUGAAAUAUUGGUGAGCUAUGAGGUCAUGAGGGAUUAUGAUUUGUAAUGAAAUUGUAAUGUAGGUUGCAUGAUACUCCUAAACAUGAAGGUAUUUGUGGUCGCUAAAUGGAAAUAUGGUUAAACCAUAUGCCAUAUCCAUGAUGGACGAGUUAUGUCAUGAGGUCAUUAUGCAUCAGUCUACGGUACACUUUUAAUUAAUCAAGAAACUGAAAUCGCUCUUCCAACAUAAGCAGCUUUCUUCUAUUAAUACAUGAAAAUAUGCCCCUUUAGAACUCACAAGCAUAUUAGUGCAAUAUUCACAAGUGGAAUAUGAACAAUUUU